GUUCUACCGUGAUUUCAUGCCAGAAAAAUGCUUAUAUGGAUGGAAUGUGUGCUAUUCUCGAUUAUUGUAAUGGACUUGUUCAUAUGGGAAGGGUCGAAGUUAUGCAAAGAUGGCAGGGUAACGGAGAGCCUAAGAGUUGGGUGCAAAAUAUUACACCUUAUCAUCAUCAGCUUGUUUGCAAG